CAAAUAGAAAUAAAAGUCAGGAAAGAUAAAGAAGAGAGCUGCAAAGAGAAAGGAGGGAAGGAAGGAAAGAAGGAAGGAAAGAAUUCCCUUUGUCCAAAUAAUUUCAUAAUGGAAUCCUAAGUGAAACAUGCGCUUUGCAAUCAUCAGAGAGGAAUCUUUUGGGCAGCCAAAGUUCCACAUUGUUUGUAUUUGUACCAUCCUGGUCACACCCCAUAUUCACAUAUAUAACAAAAUAGCAGAGUUGGAAGGGACUUUGGAGAUCUUCUAGCCCAUCCCCUUCUCAAGCAGGAGACCCUAUACCAGUGAUUCUCAACCUUUAUAGUGCUGCGACCCCUUUACUACAAUUCCCCACGAUGUGGCGACCCCUUUAAUACAAUUCCCCACGAUGUAAAAUUAUUUUCAAUUUGAAUUUAUCGCGCCUGAAGCCAUAUUGGCUAGCGAUCUGAACUGCUUGCAAUUGCCUUGAGGACGGGGGCAUUAAGGCGGACACUCCUCCCCUAUUAAGUUUAUCGCACCUGAAGCCAGAUUAGGCUAGCGAUUGGGAGUGAUUGCAGCUGGUUUGAGAGGGAGACAUCAGAGCAAAGAUUUCUCUCUUUUUUAAUUCAUCGCGCCUGAAGCCGAAUUUGGCUAACGAUUUGAAGAGCCUGCAGCUAGCUUGUGGAGUCAACCAUUGGAGUGCGAUUCUUCGACUCGCAACUCGAGAUUCAUUUGGGAAAACUCCCAAAGAUGGAUGAGACUCCUGCCAGGCCCGCAAGCCCCAUCGGACUGACCUAUGUUGUGGCCGCCUCACAGAUCUUGGGCCUUGCUGUCAUCACGGUGAUGGCAGCCUGGAUUGGACAGUAUCGAGGUGGCGUUGCCUGGGACAGCUCUCAACUACUGUUUAACGUCCACCCGCUGUGCAUGGUCAUUGGCAUGGUGUUUCUUCAAGGAGAUGCCCUUCUGGUUUACCGUGUCUUCAGGAAUGAGAGCAAGCAAUCCACGAAGAUCUUGCAUGGACUGAUCCAUUUCUUUGCACUUAUCAUUGCAUUGGUUGGUCUGAUUGCUGUUUUCCAGUACCACAAGAAUCAAGGCUUUCCAGAUAUGUAUAGCCUGCACAGCUGGUGUGGCAUCAUUGCAUUUGGCUUCUAUUUAGCACAGUGGCUGUUUGGAUUUUACAUCUUUCUCUUUCCUGGAGCAUCGUUCUCAAUCCGCAGUAGAUACAAACCACAGCAUGUUUUUUUUGGAGCCUUCCUCCUCAUCCUUUCCAUUGCUACUGCUCUGUUGGGUAUUCUGGAACAGCUACUCUUCAAAAUAAAGGAUACCUACAACCUCUUUGUCUCUGAAGGAAUCCUUGCCAACACCUUGGGCCUCCUAAUAAUAGCUUUUGGGGCAGUUGUGGGUUACAUCUUAACCCGGGAAGAAUGGCGGAGACCCCCAAUGGCUGAGGAGAUGGCAUUGUCCAUGGAUUUCAAAAACCUCACUGAAGAAGGAAGCCCAACAAGCACACACUGAGGCUUGCUGUGCCAUCUGCAUUGAGGAGCUGUGUUUCUGUGUGGUAUCUGACUUGUCAUGUAGCAUCAUGCAAUUGCCACUGUUACACCUAUGUAAGCAGUCCUUUUGUUUCAUGACUCCCAUCGCACCACAUUUCAUAUUUUCAUACUGUUUUCUUCAAUGGCUACUAUAAAUGUAGCACAGUGAAAAGGAUUUGUGGCCCCUGAGCUGUGUCAGUCAUUUGUGCAAAUGGAGAUUAUUUGUCAUGUGCCCUGUUGAAGAAAAGCAUUCAGGUUGUUAUUAUGCCAUAGGAUUAAAUCAAGAGUGGACAAUUUUGGGAGGGCAGUGAUUGCACUUUUGGGGUAUCAAAGCCACAGUAAAAAUGGUGGUGAGACUGGGAUUUUGGUGACUUCAUUUUAUGUACCCUUCUUUGUAUGUUUAUUUAAUUUGGGGGGGAUAUGAUAAACCUAUCAAUUGUCUUACACAUUUUGUUUUGCUUCCUGCUGAUAAUCAGCAGAAAUCAAAUAUCUUUAUUACUCUUUGACCAGCAUUUAAUAGGACAAAAUAGCACCCCUCUUUUGUUUGGCAAUUUGCUGCUAAAUUUCAGUAAUAAUUUUGAGGGCUUCUGAAAAGUGCAAGAAAUUCAGAAGAUGCUUAUGGACCAGGAGCCACCGACUCAUGUGUUAGUUGCUUUUAGAGGAUUGUUGGCAACCUCAAAUGGAUCGGAUGUUAGGAAGAUAGCAGCUUCUGAAAUUGUAACAUUGACAGAUCAAUAGCAAAUACAAUUUCCAAUGAAGAUUGAUCAUUCAGUGUCAUAAGUAUCCAUAUAGUUUUUCCAUCUGUUUCCAUGAAGAAAUCAAACUCAAUAGGGAAUAGGAUAGAAAACAGAAGUGUCCCUUUUGCAAUUCAACAUCCAUUUUUCCUCUGCCAGCAGAUAUUUAAUUGAAAUGCCUGUUCUUUCUGUCAUCAUUGCCUUGAGAACUAUCAGAUUUGACUUUGCUGACUUCUGCACUUACUGUUAAUCUCUCUGCAAUGUGUGUGGACAAAAACCUUUCAUUUGAUAUAUGUAAAAAGGCAGUAGAUUUGGGAUUCUUUUAGGAAAGGAAUGCCAAUUCAAUUAAUGCCCCUAAAAACUGAGUUUAUAGUCAUUAUUAUUAUUAAUUAAUUUAUUAAUUAAACUUUUAUACCGCCCUUCUCCCGAAGGACUCAGGGCGGUGUACAGCCAAGAUAAAAAGCAGUAAGUAUACAAAGUUAAAAAUCAAUUUAAAAUACCUAUUCAAUAGUGGCCGAAUUAAAACCGUCAAAUUGACCAACCUAAAAUACCCCAUAUAAAAUUACAGAAAAUUUAAAAAUUUAAAAUUUAAAAUUUAGAAAUUUAAAAAAUCUAAAAAAUCAGUCCAGUCCCGCUUGGAUGAAUAAAUAAGUUUUUAAUUCCCGACGAAAGGUCCGAAGGUCAGAUAUUUGGCGCAAACCGGGGGGAAGGUCGUUCCAGAGAGUAGGAGCUCCAACAGAGAAGGCCCUUCCCCUGGGGGCCGCCAGCCGGCAUUGCUUGGCGGACGGCACCCUGAGAAGACCCUCUCUGUGAGAGCGUACGGGUCGGUGGGAGGCAUGUGGAAACAGCAGGCGGUCCC